AUGGGGAAGAGGUUCCAAAGCAUGCAAAAUUGGGGAGAGGUUGCACCUGCAGCCCUUUCAAGAAAAUCUUCUAGGGUUUUGACAAAACUAGAGACCAUAAUUGAAGAGGGGUCAGAAAGCAGCUUUGAAGGUGGGCAAAAGGGGAUGUCUUUGUAUGUUCUUCCUUUGCUCCUCACUGGGUUUAUGUACAUCAUGUUGUACACAGAUGUGGCUUGA